UGGGAGUUUCCUUCCUUGUUUUUUAUUCGUCCACUGAAGAACAAACGUUUUCUCUUUUGACAGCAGAAAAAAACGCCUACCAAAAGAAAAAAAAGACAGCAUAAAAAGCAAGCAAAAACAACAGAGAAAAUGAGGAGAGAGAAAAAGAAGAAAGUUACAAUGAAAGAUCUCAUCAGCAUGGGUUGAGACGGAAGUCACAGCUGCUGAAGCUGUAAUCAAACACUACAAAUUCCAGUUUUGAUUCCGAAAGUAAUUGGUUAAUUGUACAGAUUUUGGGGUAGCUUUUAGUUUUUUUUUUGGGUGAGUGAUAAUUGGACCUGAAGUUUAUUGAUCAGGUACAAGAAGUGAGAGAUUCAAAGCCUUUUAUCUAUCCAUCUAUCUAUUCUUGGGCGGCCUGUUUAUCAGUUUAUGAUAUACAUAUCUGUUUGUAGAUUUGAUCCUUGUUUAUUACCUGAAUUUGGGUGCUGUUACGAGGAUCACGGUUUCGUGUGAUCAGAGUUAGGCUUGGUUGGGAUCAUGGCGAAGACUGUGGCACAGGCAGAUUCUAGACGAAUGUAUUCUUGGUGGUGGAAUAGCCACAUAAGCCCGAAAAAUUCCAAAUGGCUUCAGGAGAAUCUUACAGAUAUGGAUACCAAGGUUAAACAAAUGAUCAAGCUUAUUGAAGAAGAUGCAGAUUCCUUUGCACGGAGGGCAGAAAUGUACUAUAAGAAACGGCCUGAGCUUAUGAAAUUGGUUGAAGAGUUUUACAGGGCAUACCGUGCAUUGGCUGAAAGAUACGAUCAUGCAACUGGGGCACUCCGCCAGGCUCAUCGGACAAUGGCAGAAGCAUUUCCUAACCAAAUCCCAUUUGCUCUGGGUGAUGAUGGGGAUCCGCGUACGCCUGAGAUGGGUCCAGCACGUGCAUUGAUUGACCCUGAUGAGUUGCAGAAUGAUUCUCUGGGACUCUCUUCAUCUCAUCUUUAUUCCUUAAAAAGAAAUGGAGCAUUUACCGAUCAAUCUGAUUCCAUAACAACCAGAAGGAGUUUGAAACAGUUUAAUGAUUUGUUUGGUUCUGGAGAAACACGAGCUAGAAAAGGGCUUAAUUUUCAUGAUGCAGAGGAGAAAGAACAAGAUCAAAACAAUGGAAGUUAUGAUCUGAAGGCUCAGGUCCCAUUUGAGUCUGACAGAGUGGAGAAAGCUGAGUCGGAAAUCUUAGCCCUAAAGAAUGCCCUUGCUAAAUUAGAAGCUGAAAAGGAAGCUGACUUACUUCGGUAUCAGCAAAGUCUGGAGAGAUUAUCUAAUUUAGAGUCAGAAGUCUCCUGUGCUCAAGAGGAAUCUAAGGGACUGAGUGAAAUAGCCAGCAAAGCUGAAGCUGAAGUUCAAACUUUGAAGGAAGCCCUUACCAGAUUGCAGGCAGAAAAGGAGACUAAUUUUCUUCAGUACCAGCAGUGCUUGGAUAAAAUAUCCAACCUGGAGAAACAUAUUUCUCGUGCUGAAAUUGAUGCUGCAGAACUUAGCAAGCAUGCAAGCAAAGCUGAAACUGAAGCUCAAUCCUUAAAGCAAGACCUUGCUAGAAUAGAAACUGAAAAGGCGGCUGCUAUUAUUAAGCAUGAAGAAUGUUUGAAGAUGAUAUCCGAUCUGGAGAAUAAGCUACAUCGUGCUGAGGAAGAUGCUAGAAGGAUCAAUGAUGUAGCUGAUCAAGCUUCAAGUGAAGUUGAAAGCCUGAAACAAGCUCUUGCUAGACUAACUGAAGAGAAAGAAGCUUUGGCUCUUCAAUAUCAGAAGUGCCUAGAGACAAUUUCUGAUCUGGAGAAUAAGCUUGCAAAUGCUGAAGAGGAGGCCCAAAGGCUUGGCUCUGAGUUAGAUGAUGAGGUUGCAAAGCUAAAGGGUGCCGAAGAAAAGUGUCUUCUAUUAGAGAGAUCAAAUCAGACUCUUCAUACUGAGUUGGAGUCCAUGGUACAGAACAUGGGUAGUCAAAGUCAAGAACUAACAGAGAAACAAAAGGAGCUGGGUAGACUAUGGGCUUGCAUCCAGGAAGAGCGAUUGCGGUUCGUGGAGGCUGAAACUGCUUUCCAGACUCUGCAGCAUUUGCACACCCAAUCUCAAGAAGAACUGAGAUCGCUGGCUGCAGAGCUCCAGAAUAGGGCUCAUAUUUUGAAGGACAUGGAAACUCAAAAUCAAUGUCUACAUGAAGAAGUCAAGAAGGUCAAGGAGGAGAACAAGGGCCUGAAUGAACUCAACAUAUCUUCAGCUGUGUCAAUUAAAAGUUUGCAAGAUGAGAUUCUAAGUUUAAGGGAAACAAUGGGAAAACUUGAAGCAGAAGUUGAACUUCGAGUGGACCAAAGGAAUGCUCUACAGCAAGAAAUUUACUGUCUGAAAGAGCAACUGAAUGAACUUAACAAGAAGCACCAGGCAAUGAUGGAGCAGGUGGAAUUAGUCUCCUUGAACCCAGAGAACUUUGGGUUGUCCGUGAAGGAAUUGCAGGAUGAGAACUUAAAGCUAAAAGAGGUCUGUGAGAAUGACAAAAGUGAAAAGAUGGCUCUUUUGGAGAAGCUGGAAACCAUGGAGAAACUUCUUGAGAAAAAUACACUUCUAGAGAAUUCUCUUUCAGAUUUGAAUGAUGAGUUAGAAGGGGUCAGAGAGAAGGUGAAGACUUUGGAGGGAGUCUGUCAAAUUCUGUUGGAAGAAAAAUCUACUCUUGUCGAUGAUAAGGAUGCUCUGAUUUCUCAGUUACAGAUUACAACUGAUAAUGUAGAGAAACUUUCAGAGAAGAACACCUUUCUGGAGAAUUCCCUUUUUGAUGCCAAUGCUGAACUUGAAGGAUUGGGGGUAAAAUUAAAGAGUUUAGAAGAUUCAUGCGUGUUGCUUCAUACUGAGAAAUCUGGCUUGAUCAAUGAAAGAGAAAGCUUAGUUUCUCAGUUGGACAUUUCUCAGAGACAGCUGGAAGAUUUGGAGAAAAGAUAUACAGAAUUAGAUGAGAGAUAUUUGGGUCUAGAGAAAGAGAGAGAUUCUACACUUCAAAAAGUAGAAGAGCUACAGGCUUCCUUAGCUGCUGAAGAGGAAGAACACGCUGACGUUGUCCAUUUGUAUGAAAGCCGAGUUGUCAGUAUGGAAUCACAGAUCCAUUUUCUACAAGAAGAAGAUCAACACAGGAAGGAAGCAUUUGAAGAGGAACUAGACAAAGCUGCCAUGGAUGCUCAGAUUGAGACUUUUGUCUUGCAGAAAUGUGUACAAGAUCUGGAAGAAAAGAAUUUCACCCUCCUUUUUGAGUGUCAAAAGCUCUUAGAAGCAUCCAAAUUGUCUGAGAAACUCAUCUAUACUCUGGAGCAUGAAAAUCUUGAACAGCAUGAGGAGAUUAAAUCCUUGGUUGAUCAAAUUAAAGCAAUGAGAUUGGGGCUGUAUCAGUUAUUAGCUAAUCUUGAGUUUGAUGCAGACCAUGGGUGUGAAGCUAAGUUUGAACAAGACCAGACACUUCUGAAACUUAUACAUGCCAAACUUGAAAAGAUGCAACUAUCUCUUUCUAAGGCUUUGGAUGAGAAUCAAAAGUUGGUCAUUGAGAAAGCGGUUUUUGUUGCACUUAUUGGACAACUGAAAAUGGAGGCACAAAAUCUUGCAAUGGAGAGAAACACUCUUGAUGAGGAAUUUAGGAUCAGGUCUAAGCAGAUUUUGCUUUUGCAGUGUGAGACCCAAAAACUUCUGGAGACUGUUGAAGAAAUGAAAUUGAAAUUAGCGGAUGGAGAAAACAAAGAGAAAGUCUUGAAGACUGAAAUGGAGGACAUGCGCAGGCUACUGUUGGACUUGCAAGGGGCACACCAGAGUUUACAAGAGCAUAAGUGCAUGAUGCUUCAAGAGAAAGAAGCUUUGAUGAAGAAAGUCUUGGAUUUGGUGGAAGAGAAGUGUAUAUUAGAAGAAGAGUACUGUGUGAUCUUUGCUGAAACAGUAUCUCAAGGUGCUCUUUCUCUGGUUUUCAAGGAUAUUAUCUCUGAAAAAUCUGUUGAGAGAAUGGAGCUGAACGAAAAUUUGAAGCAACUUUGUUCUGUCAAUUAUGAACUUCAGGAGAAGUUAAGGGAGCUGGAGAGCAAAUUAGAAGAUGUAAAAAUGGAAAAUUCCCAUCUCAAGGAGUCAUUGGAGAAGUCAGAGAAUGAAAUGAUUUCUUGUAGGCGUGUUUCUGACAAGUUAAAUCUUGAAAUUGCUAAUGCAAAGGAUCUACUGUCUCAAAAGGAAGAUGAUCUCAUAGAGGCAGAGCAGAGCCUGAAUACAAUACAGAAUGAGACAACAGAGUUGCAUAAAAUAAUGGAGGAUCUAAAGUGCAAACUUGAUGAAGCUAAGAUGGUCCAAGAAGAACAAGAGAAGCAGAUUCUGAAACUAUCUGAAGACUAUGAUCAUCAGAUUAAGCAUACCAGCUAUAUUCAGGAAGCAAAUCUGAAAUUGGAGACUGAACUUGGGAAAUUGCAUGUGGAGCUUGAAGAAACCAAACAUAGGGAGGAAAGUUUGAAUCAUGAACUUGAAAAAGCUAGAGAUGAGGGUCACCUGUGGGAGACUCAAGCUGUUACAUUCUUUAGUGAACUGCAGAUCUCCUCAGUCUUUGAAGCAGUGUUUAAAGAAAAGACUCAUGAUCUUACCAAUGCAUGUGAGAAUCUUGAAGGCAUAAGAAAUACAAAAGAUAUGGAGAUUGACAUAUUGAAAGAAAGAGUUAGCACUUUAGAAGGUGAAAAUGGAGGACUAAAAGCUCAGUUUGCUGCAUCUAUCCCAGUAGUCAUCUCUUUGGGGGAAUAUGUAAGAUCUCUUGAGUAUCAGACUCUUGGAUGUAAAGCUGACAAUGAAGAAGCAAAGGAUGAUGAUUUGGUGAAUCACCUAAAAGCUAAAACCUGUCAACAAACAAGUGAGGAUCAAAUUGCUACAGUGCCAGAUGGUAUUGCAGAUCUGCAGGAUUUGCAAUUGAGAAUUAAAGCUAUAGAAAUAGCUUUGAUAGAGAAGGAGAGACUUGCUAAGCUGGAAAACUUAAAUGCCAACUCCAAACUAGAAGCUGCAAUGAGACAGAUUGAGGAGUUAAAAUGUGGAAGCAGUUCUUAUCAAGGAAGUGGUCGAACAAGCAAGCAUCGGAAACAUCGAGAGGAGGGGCAAGGGAAUGGACUUAGUAACAAGCUCAAACAACAGAAACCAACACCUGAAAUCUCUGAAGAGGGGAGUGAAAUGCUGACAAAAGACAUUAUGCUUGAUCAAGUAUCCGAGUGUUCAUCCUAUGGAAGAAGCAGAAGAGAACCUAUAGAUUCUGAUGAUAAGAUGGCUGAGUUAUGGGAAACCACUAACCAUAGUAGCAUUAUCAGUCUGAAAGACGACAAGACUCAAAAGGUUGCUGCAGCAUCAGCUGACCACAAUCAGAUCAAAGCAGUGAAGCAACAAAAGAGUAAAAGUUCCCCUAUUGAAUCACUGGUUGAGAGGGAGUUGGAGGUGGACGAAUUACAGAUCUCUAAGAGAUUUUCAGAGUCUCAAAAAGAAGUCUGCAAGAGGAAAAUUCUUGAAAGACUAGACUCUGAUGUACAGAAGUUGACAAACCUUCAAAUUACUGUGAAAGAUUUGAAGAGGAAGGUAGAGGUUUCAGAGAAGGGCAUAAAGGGAAAAGGAAUUGAGUAUGAUAUUGUUAAGGAGCAGCUGGAUGAAGCUGAGGAAGCCAUCCUGAAGUUGUUUGAUGCCAAUCGCAAAUUGAUCACCUAUUCUGAAGAUGCUUCUGUAUCCUUUGAUGGAGGAUCUGCAAUUGAAUCAGAUGAGAGUGGGAGUGUCAGGAGGCGCAGAAUUUCGGAGCAGGCACGAAGAGGAUCGGAAAAACUUGGGCGGCUGCAGUUGGAGGUUCAGAAAAUCCAGUUCAUGUUGUUGAAACUUGAUGAUGAGAAAGAGAGCAGAGUAAGAACCAGAAUCACAGAUAGGAAAACUAGAGUUCUUCUCCGGGACUAUCUUUAUGGCAGUGGGACAAGAACAAGCCAGAAGAAGAAGAAGAAGGCACAUUUCUGUGCUUGUGUGCAACCUUCCACGAUGGGAGAUUGAGUCACAUUUCAUAUAAUCAGCUAUUGAGAUAUUAGUUGUGUUGUCCAUAAAUUUUCCUUUCUAGUGGUGUUUAGAACUGCAUAUUAUUUUUGGUCUUUUAGAACUUAAGGUUUUUAUUUUGUUUACAUGGGGAGGAUCUGGUCUUCUUUAGUUUAGAGAUCCUGCUGUAAAUGUCAGGCUUUAUAUAAUUAAAAGAAGCUGCGUUUAUUGAGCUUCUUUUUUUUCCA